AUGGAUAUAGGCAGAGAAGCGGAAUAUAUGAAUAGAAAUGUCACUGGGCACGCUACCUUAGUACAGAGUAAUAGCGAAUACAGUAAGAAAUUACUUGACUUCUGUUGUAAUAAAGAUUUCAAAAUUGAAAACACUUUUUUUAGUCAUGAUAGGAAUACGUAUACCUUUGUAAGAGCUCAGCAGCAAUCACAAAUUGACUUCUUCAUCUCGAAUAUUCAUCGUUGGUUCGUGGAUGUUAAAGCCCUAACUAAUAUGAACUUGUCACAUCAUAGACUGCUCAGAGCAAUUAUUAUAGUUAAAAAUUUAUGGGGUAUCAUAACGGAAAUAGACAAUCUUCUACUAGAUCUAGCGCUACUCCCUUGUGUAAUUUUUCAGAGGGUACCCUCAAUAGUAUUAAAUGAUGGUAAAAUAAUAAUUGAUCAAGAUGAACAGAUGGCGCUGUGGCUCGAUUACUAUAUUACGGUUUUCGAUGGACGUAAAGUAACUAGAGCAACAAGUGUAAAUAUAAAUAUGGCUUCACCCCAGUCUGGGUUCACUGUAAUGGAAAUUAUGAAUGUAAUAAAGAAAUUACGAAAUAAUAAAGCUCCGGGGCUUGACAACAUUACGGCGGAACAUCUGAAGAUUGCACCUAGAACGACAUCUUCUUUCCUACUAGCCCUAUUCAAUAAAAUAUGGGAAAACGGAAGUACCCCGACUGAAUGGAACAAGUCCCUUAUAUGCAAUUUUCCCAAAACUGCUAACCCUCUGAAAUUCACUUAUUAUCGGGCGUGUGCUUUAACAUCUUGUGUGUCAAAGAUAUUUAUGGUACUUUUAAAGAAUAAGAUUGUUCAUUCGACGCCUAAUCUUUUUUCUAAAUAUAUUUGUGCUUACAGGCCAAAUAAAAAUAUACUAGAACCCAUAUUAUCUCUGAAGAUAAUAAUGCAAAAGUGUUAUAAAUAUAAGAUUCCGUCAUUUUACACAUUUAUUGAUUUCAGUAGAGCAUUCGAUAAUGUUAAUCAUGAAGCGUUGUGGGAAACGCUUGUAGAAUAUGGCUGUACCCUCUCACCUCUCCUGUUUAACAUAAUCAUCAAUAAAAUAAUAAAAGAAGUAUUGGGAGCUGCAGAUCUAGUAGACAUAGGAUCUGUUGAGAAAAUUUUUUUUGUUAAUAGGAUAAUAUCCUAUGCAGAUGAUAUUGUAGUGAUUUCGAAAAGCAUUGAAGAGACCAAAAAUCUACUUUAUCUAAUUGAGACAGUAAGCUAUAGAGUUGGACUUAGGAUCAACUUUAACAAAACGGUUAUUCUUCCCUCCCCAAAUGCGCCUUCAAUUCAAGAUUUUACAGUUGGAGGGAAUACAGUGAAAAUAGUAGAGAAUAUAAAAUACUUAGGGGUAAUCUUGGAUAACAAAGGAAGUUGUAAAGAUGAGAUGGAGAUGAGAAUACUGAAAGCUAGAGGUGCUUUCUACAGAUAUAUGAAAAUAUGGAAAGCUAGCGAAAUUUCAGUGUUUACUAGAUUGAGAAUAUUCAACUCGUUGAUUGUUCCAAUUACAUUAUAUGGUGGAGAUAUCUGGGAGGCAAACAAAACAGAGAUUAGACGGCUUCAAUUUUUUAUAAAUAAUUGUCUUCGUACGAUACACGGGAUUUUCUAUCCAAGAGUAAUCUCUAACUUGAAUCUUUGGAGGAAGUCUACUCACACACCAGUGAAUAUUACUCUUAAGAAAAGACGGAUUCAGUUAUUAGGCCAUGUAAUAAGAAACUCUGAUAAUAAUUUAGUCCAUGAUGCCAUAACAUGGCUGUACUCAUAUAAAGGUAAACAGUACACAAAAUACAAAACAUUAUGGUACUAUAAAACUAUAAAAGAUAUAAUGGAUCUAAACGUUAACAUGAAACAAUUCAUUAAACUGAACAACAAUAAAAGAUCCAUUAAAAAACUGUUUCGCAUCAAGAAAAGUUACCUUCAAUAA